AAACACGUGACUCCUAGCCAACCCACGUUUCAGGCAUUCUUAUGAAACGAAAAACAGUUAAACAUACCCUCUUAUGGAUAACUCUCUUCAGUCUAUACGGCCAAUUCAAGCAGCUGCUGCCUAAAUGAGGACAUGUCUAUUUACAGGAAUGCCGUCUGGUUCGUGAAAGGACUGCAGGAGUACACAAAGAGCGGCUAUGAAGCUGCAGCGAAGCAUUUCUCUCCGGCCGACCUGGAUGCAAACCUGAGCGACAGGUGCUUUAUGGUCACAGGCGCCAACAGCGGGAUAGGGAAAGCAACAGCACAGGAAAUUGCCAAAAGAGGAGGAACUGUUCACAUGGUUUGUCGAAACAAGGAAAGAGCAGAGACGGCCAAAGGAGAGAUUGUGGCACAGAGCAAAAAUGAGAACGUUCACGUCCACAUCGUGGACAUGUCGAGUGCGAGGCAGGUGUGGGAGUUUGCGCAGAGCUUCUCUCAAAACAACAAGCUGCACGUGCUGAUCAAUAACGCAGGCUGCAUGGUCAACCAGAGGGAGCUAACGGAGGAGGGCUUGGAAAAGAACUUUGCCACAAACACGCUCGGUACCUACAUCCUCACCACUGCACUGAUUCCAGCACUGAAGAAGGCGGAAGACCCGAGAGUGGUCACCGUGUCAUCGGGCGGCAUGCUCACUCAGAAGCUCAACGUGGACGACCUCCAGUUUGAGAAGGGCACGUUCGACGGCACCAUGGCUUACGCUCAGAAUAAGAGACAACAGGUGAUCCUCACAGAGAGGUGGGCGUCUCAGCACAAAGAGAUCCACUUCUCCUCAAUGCACCCCGGCUGGGCUGACACGCCGGCCGUGCAGUCCUCCAUGCCUUCGUUUCACGCCAAGAUGCAGUCCAAGCUGAGGACGGAGGCCAUGGGGGCAGACACGGUGGUGUGGCUCGCCGUAUCGCCUGCCGCCGUCAAGCUGCCAAGCGGGCAGUUCUUUCAAGAUCGUAAGCCGGUGGCGACCCACCUCCCCCUGGCCUCGUCCCGCUCCUCUCCGCAGGAGGAGGAGAAACUCCUGGCAGCGCUGGAGGAGUUUGCCCAAAAGUUCAAACCUUAGUAUCUGGAAAACCAGCUGCUUAUUGAGAUAAAAGCACUCUGAUGACACUAUAUAAACGUUUACAAAAACCUUUUAAGCUAAUGAAAUAUGUUUGACUGAAAUAACAAGAGUCAAGCUUUGAAAUGCUUUACUGAGGUUAGAUCAAAAAAUGUUUGUGAAGAAUUACUUUUUUUUGUAGUUUUUCAAUGCUUUUUCACAUGGACGUUUUAAACAAAAUGCAGUUAAUAUGCUGUAUGCACACAUAAUCGUGUUUUAAAUUAUUUUUGCUAAAUGUAUUACUUCAAUUAAAGUGAUUCAUUUUGUGUAUCUAUAUAUUUUUUACUACAGUGAAAGACCACAUACUUGGCAGUUAAUGACAAAACCUUCACAAGAACUGGAAAACACAAAAUAAGUCAUGAAAAGAGCUUGAUAGGGCUGUUUCCCAAUAUAUUACUGAAAGUUGAGUGGAAGAAAAAAGUGUGAAGCAAUAGAAAUAACUGCAGCUUUAAAUAUCAGUUGGCAAAUACAUGACUUGGACAUGACGGAUGAGGGUAAAUACUUUUUGUUUUAAUUGAUCGUCUAUACACAGUGUUACAUUCACAAAAACUCUGAAAUUCAACCAUUUUUUCCCCUCUUUCCUGCAACAAAAAGUCAAAGAACUGGCCUUAAAUAAACUUUAUCUGCCCUGGAGUUUAAAAGCAACAAAAAUCAAGAAGUUUUCAUCUAACUCUGUUUCUCGUGUGUGGUCAAGUUUGCGAAAUAGAAGAUCCAUUCUGUUGACUCUGUAUAUUUUACGUCAGUUUGCAUCGUUAAGAAUCACACUUUGUUUAUUUAGUUUGCAAGUAUGUAUUAGUUCGCAGGAAGUGGUCGAGGAGAUAAACUAAAAACACGAGAAGACGACUGCUCCAUAUUGUUAUCGCUAACAGAUACCUUGUUUUCAGAUCCAUAAUCAAUAAUCUUUGGAAGAAGCUCAGAGGGAUAAGAGCUGAGUGUCAAGCGGUCAUCACAAAAGCACGCAAAAAAUUUAGGAGAAAUCGAUGAUUUUCUGCCUCGUGAUUCCAGUGCAUCAACAAUAAAGCCGACAUACACAGCUGAAAAAAAACAACAAUUUAAAUUGUUUUGUAGCAACAUUUUUACGCUGUGGUUCAUUUCUGAAAUGCCACAGCAUCUAGCUGUGUUGAUAUGUGCUUCUGUACAUGUUUCAUAUAUGACACAGACAUUUAGAAUAAAUAACCUCGAGAAAAUGCUGACAAGCAAUUAACAGGACACAGACGAUGUUGUUACACAGCGCGGUCCGAGUCACCGAUCGCACAUCAGGAGGCUCAUCGGUAUCCGCCGUCAUCGCCUAACGACUGGAACUUUAACUGGUUUUAAAUCCAGAACCAAACUGAUUCCGUGAAGCGCCCUGUGUGUUUCUGAAAUGGACAAUGCUGCCCUUGUGCAACACAAACAAACCAUUAUUCUGGCAGCCGCACUUUAACAUCAGAGGAAAGCUGAUCAAAUUUCUUGCAUUGGUUUAAGAAGUUGGGCUGGACUUAUUCCAUUAUAUUUUUUUUUUUUACGGAAUUACUCAAGCA